UUUUGUUCUUUCUCUCACUAGGUGGCGGCUCCCUAUCUCUCUCUCUAAAUUUGUUUCCUUUAUUUGACAAAAACCCUAAUUUGGAAUAUAUUUUGACAGGUUUCUAGUUCUCUUUCUUUGUUUUUGUACAUUAAUAACAAUAAUAAUAAUGGAGGUUUUAGCUGGGCAAAAACACAAACACUUGGAGUUCACUUUAGUGGCAGUUUCUGAACUGUCUUCUUCAUCGGUUCCUCCUUCGUCUACGCCAGUGAUUGCUCGGUUCAGUGUUGAUAGUGGAGUAGCGGAGCUUCGAUUUCGCCAAGAUUCAGGAUUUAUCGAUGGCUUCAACGUCAAUCUGGGAACCGCUCAGCUCUUCAAGUUGGGACCUCUUAAAUCGCUUUGCAUUUCAGGAAGUUCUGAUAGUAACAAAGAGAAAUCAUAUGCACGGGGAGUAACAAUCCUGUUUAGAAAUGAGGAAGAGAGCAGGGACUUCCAUUCUGCAUUUGAGCAAUGGCAGAAUGAAGAUGUUACUCAAGGAACGCAUUUACCAAACGGAGCCAUUUCUGAUGUUAAGAGCAAGUUUGAUAAUAAAAUCGAAUCAUCUUCUGCUAAAAUGUAUUUCCAUUAUUACGGACAGUUGCUACAUCAGCAAAAUAUGUUACAGGAUUAUGUGAGGACAGGAACCUAUUAUGCUGCUGUAAUUGAGAACCGUGCAGAUUUUACGGGUAAGGUGGUGGUUGACGUUGGUGCCGGUAGUGGUAUUUUAGCGUUAUUUGCUGCACAGGCUGGUGCAAAGCAUGUUUAUGCUGUUGAAGCUUCUGAAAUGGCAGAAUAUGCUCGCAAACUUAUUGCUGGGAACCCCUCAUUAGGGCAGCGGAUUACUGUAAUAAAAGGUAAAGUUGAGGAAGUUGAGUUGCCCGAGAAAGCGGAUAUUCUGAUCUCUGAACCAAUGGGCACCUUAUUAGUUAAUGAGAGAAUGUUGGAAUCUUACAUAAUUGCAAGAGAUCGGUUUCUUGUGCCUAAAGGGAAAAUGUUUCCUUCAGUAGGAAGGAUACAUAUGGCCCCUUUCAGUGAUGAAUAUUUAUUUGUUGAAAUUGCAAAUAAGGCUCUUUUUUGGCAGCAACAAAACUAUUAUGGUGUAGAUCUCACAGCGUUACACGGGUCUGCAUUCCAGGGAUACUUCUCUCAGCCUGUGGUAGAUGCUUUUGAUCCUAGAUUAUUGGUGUCUCCUCCAAUGUCCCAUGUAAUUGACUUCAAUGAAGCAAAGGAAGAGGACUUGUAUGAAAUAGACAUUCCAUUGAAAUUCUUAGCAUCUGUUGGGACUAGAGUGCAUGGAUUGGCCUGUUGGUUUGAUGUCCUGUUUAAUGGAAGCACCGUGCAAAGAUGGCUUACAACCGCCCCUGGUGCUCCUACAACCCACUGGUACCAGAUACGAUGUGUUCUUUCUCAGCCAAUUUAUGUAAUGGCUGGGCAAGAAAUUACUGGCCGACUUCACAUGGUUGCCCAUAACGCUCAAAGUUAUACCAUAUAUGUAACAUUGUCAGCUAAAAUGUGGGGUCCCGGGGCUGAACAAGGAGGAAUUAUUCAGUCCUCAUCAUGCAAACUCGAUCUCAAGGAACCUUAUUACAGAAUGUCACAGCCUCAACCCUACACAACUGCACAAGACCAACAACCGCACCAGCUACUGCAGCCUCAGGAUAUACCGAUCCACACCGAUGACUUAGAGGAACCCAAGUUGCUGCAGCAGCCAUUAGAAAAUUCGGGAGCUCAGCUCCAGUAAGUGAUUUGAAUUUCAGAGACAACAAUGAUUCUAACAUAAAAUUUUGCUUUCGAUCCCUGUAAAGUAGAAUCAACAUUAUUCAUUAUUAUUGAGUGGCUAUUUGGGAUCUUUUAGACAGUUUAUUUUUUAGACAAAAUAAUGUUCAUUUUUUAGACAGUUUCGAGGAA